UUUUCUGUUUGAUGUUCGGGAAGCCUCAGCCAAAAGCAAUUUUUGUUCUUUACAAAUGAAACUCCUCAAGGAUCUCUUCGAUAAAAAUGGGUUAAAUUUUCAAAGUAGAGAGGAAGGAUCCACCUCUAUCUCUAAUUGUAUAGAAAGAAGCAAUUCUUUAAGCUUCCUAAUUGUUCUAGAUGAUGUUUAUCAUCCAGAACAGUUAGAUGUUCUAUCGAUCGGGCACAUGCUUAAAAGGUCUUGCAAUAGCCUGUAUUAUUACAACCCGGGAUGUAGGGGUUCUUAUAGCCGAGGGAAUUAAGGUAGGUUAUCAUUUAAAAGGAAUGGAUAAAGAUGAUGCCAGACAACUUUUCAGCUGGCAUGCUUUCUCUCAACCCCAUCCGGCAAGAGGAUAUGAGAAUCUCGUUGAUGACUUCUUAGGUGUGUGUGGGGGGUUACCGUUGUCUCUUCAAGUUCUUGGAAGGCAUGUUCGUGGUCGAGAUGAAAAUUACUGGAGGUUAGAGCUUAUAAAACUUGGUACGACAAUGCAUCCAGAUAUACAAAGAACGCUUAAAAUAAGCUUUGAUGCCCUAAGCCCCGAGGAAAAACAAAAUUUUCAUGGAUAUAGCAUGCUUCUUUGUUGACCAAUUGAAGUGUACAGCCAUAAGAGUGUGGAAUGCAUCGGGAUGGAAUGCUCAAAAUGGACUCCAAACAUUAAAAGAGAAAAGCCUUGUUGAAGAAAUAGAAGAUCCCCUGCCUGUAUUGAGAAUGCACGACCACCUGCGGGACUUACGAAGAGAAAUAGCAAAUGAAAUAAGCCAUCCUCGUCGCCUUUGGCAUCCUCAGGAGCUUAAAAUUUUGGAAUCAAAUGGAUUGAAAACCAUCUUUUCUCAAACCAAAGGAAGGUGCUUCCAUUCUAUUUUUGAUAAGUCCCUGAAUGCUGAAGUUCAGUUCUUUCUACGAGAAUCGGAUGAUAGAGAAGAGAUGUCGUCUUCUUUGUUAUGGCUUCACCUUUGUUAUCCGUAUGUAUAUUGCAGACCGUAUUCUUCCAAUUCAAGUCGUCUAAGUUGUCAGGACCACCUGAAUUUCAGCGUACAGCCGCAAAUUCCUUCAUGGAUUCCGCUUCAAAAUGUGCAGUGUUUAAGAGUCGGCAAUGGAUAUUUCAAAAGACUGUGGCAGCAAGAUGCAGAGGCUUCUUCACAAAUGAAAGAGCUGAAAAUUUAUGGAACUUUAUUGGAAGAGUUUCCAGAUUUGUUAGGAAUAUUGACUCAUGUGGAAAGAGAACUCAAUGAUAGACAACGCAUGUCAAAAAUGAAACUUUUGAUGGUGAACACACGUAGAAAGAUUUCAAGAUCUCUGCAAAAAAUUCAAGGCGGAAAAUUUAUAGCCCUAUUGAAUGGUGGUCAAGAUCCUGUUAUUGUUAAGGCUUCAUUGAGUUUGCUUGAAUAUCUAGUAAUUAGAGAACAAGAAAAUAUAAUAAGAAUUGUAACUAAUGGAAAUCAAUGUCCAAAUCUUAAAUCCUUAGAUCUUUCUUCAUUGAUAAACCUUAAUGAAGUGCAGUUUACAAGUGUUGAAACAUUGCAUUGUCUUAAGGUUAGCAAGUGUGAACAUCUAAAAAGAUUGUCAGCGACAUCUAGUUUUACAGAGCUUGAAGAAUUGAACAUUAGUACAUGCCCUAAGCUUGAGGAGCCAAGUCUUGGCUUUCUGAGCUGCCUAAAAAGGAUUAGGAUCGCUUAUUGUAAUCUGAAAAGUGUGCCAGGUAUAUCAAGCUUUAGGAUGCUUGUAGAAUUGAACAUUAAUAGAUGUCCAAAGCUUGAUGAGUUAAGUCUUGCUCAUCUGCGCUGCUUGGAGAAAGUCAUAAUUAAAGACUGUCAUCAUUUGAAAAGUGUGACAGGACUAUCUCAUCUUCCAAAGCUUGUAGAAGUUAACAUUUCUUGGUGUUGGAUACUUGAGCUUGAGUUGUGUCUGUUGGGCUUGAACCGUCUGAAGAGGGUAACAGUUGAUAAGUUUGUCAAGGCAAAAUGUUUCGAGCUGAAUGCUUGUAAAAAUUUAGAAACAGUGUCAGGAAUAUCAUUCAAAAUGAUUCAUGUGGUGAACAUUUGUGACUGCCCGGAACUUGCGGAAUUGCCCAUUAUUUCUGGUGCAAAUUGCCUAGAGUGUAUCGCAAUUAAUGGAUGUGGGAAGCUCAAUCACAUCAUGAUGGCUGAUUGUGGAAUCUUAAGAACAAUAUCAGGUAACUUUGAUCCGGUGGGAUUAUCCAUAUCAGACUGUCCAAUGCUUGAAGAGCUGCCACGUUUUGAGCGUGCGACAUACCUUGAGGACAUCCGCAUUCUCCAGUGUGGAAAACUGCAGAAAGUGUCAUUGCCAGCAACUCUGAAGCUUCUGGAGUUGAAUGCUUGCAGAGAACUCAAAACUAUACAUGCAAUAUCUGCUCUGACAGAGUUGUUGGAGUUGAAAAUUGGUGAAUGCCCUCAGCUCGAGUUGGGAGUUGCAGAUAUGAUUUGGCUAGAAAAAUUAGCAAUUGUAAAACUGAAAAGUGUGUCCGAAAUAUCUAAUCUUACAAAGCUUAUAGAAUUGAAAAUUUCUGAGUGCUUGGAGCUUGAGGUUGAGCUGUCUCUCUCGAAUUUGAGCUGUUUAGAGAGCAUUGAUAUUGUUCAAUGUGGAAAGAUGCACAUGAUAACACUACUAACGAACCUCACUAAAUUUAGUCUGGAAGCUUGUAGAGAUUUGGAAACAGUGGUAGGAAUAUCUGAUCUUACAAAACUUGCAGAGCUGAAUGUAAAACAAUGUCCCCAGCUUCAGCUUGAGUUAGAUCUUUCCAGCUUGAACACCCUGAAGACGAUUACCAUUAUUAAAUGUGGGAAUGUGCACAACAUGAUACUGCCAAUGACACUCAUGAAACUCAAAGUGCAGCGGUGUAGAAAAUUGCGAACAAUGGCAGGAAUAGGCAAUCUAACAAGGCUUACAGAGCUGUGCAUUUAUAAGUGUCCCGAGCUUGAGGAGUUGCCAGUUAUUUGUGGGGCAAGUUGCCUGGAAAUGAUUGCAAUUGAUGGAUGUAGGAAGCUCAAUCGCCUUCAAGUCUCUGAUUGUGGGUUUUUUAUAGGAGUGUCGGGAUUACAGUUUUGCAUAUCAGACUGUCCGGAGCUUGAGGAGAUCUGCAUAUUCAGGUGUGAGAAGCUACAGAAAAUAAGUUUGCCAACAACACUGAAGAGUCUUCACUUGGAUACUUGUAAAGACCUGAAAAGUAUGUCAAAGUUAUCCUAUCUCAAGAAUCUUCUACAACUGAUUAUUGUUGGGUGUCGGCAGCUUGAGCUUGAGCUUGGGUUGCAUCUAGACUGUAUGGACUCUCUCCAGAACAUUAAGAUCGAUGGAUGUGGGAAGCUCCUGUUGAACAAAUGUAAAAAUCUGCAUGGAGUGUCACUUUCGUGUAACUUUGACGAGGCAUGUUUACCCGUAAGUGAUUGUCCAGAGCUUGUGUUCCCAAAUUUGGCCCAAAUGAACUGCUGGGAGAGUAUUAGCAUUGUCUCUUGUGAGAAGCUGCAGAAGGUAACACUGUCAUGGACACUCAUGAAACUCACUGUACAGCGGUGCAAAGAAUUGCAAACAUUGGUAGGAAUCGGCAAUCAUACAAAGCUUUCAGAAUUAUACAUUAGUGAGUGUCCAGAGCUUGAAGAGCUACCAAAUCUUGCCACACUUUGCUGCUUGGAGACAAUCAGCAUCAAUUCGUGUGACAGGCUGCACACCAUAACUCUCCCAACAAGUCUAAUGAAACUGAGUCUGCAAAGUUGCAGACAAUUGGAAACAGUAGCAACAAUAUCUGGUCUUACAAAACUUGUAGAACUUAACAUAAAACAAUGUCCUGAGCUUCAGCCUGGGUUGGAUCUUUCCAGCUUGAACUUCCUCAAGAGGAUUGUUGUUGUUGAGUGUUGGAAUAUGCACAGCAUAACAACGCCAAUAACACUGGAGGAACUCACAGUGCAGCGGUGCAGAAAAUUGAAAACAGUGGCUGCAGUCGGCUCGCUUACAGAGCUUGCAGAUCUGUACAUUAGUGACUGUGAGGAGCUUGAUGAGUUACCAAGCCUUGCCGGACUCAACUGUUUAAAGCGGAUUAACAUUGACUGUUGUAAGAAGCUGCACAAUUUAACACUGCCAGCUAUAGUAAUCAAACUCACAGUGAAGCAGUGGGGAGAAUCGCAAACAUUGGCAGGAAUCGGCAAUCUUACAAAGCUUACAGAUUUGUGCAUUGGCGAGUGCCCGGAGCUUGAAGAGCUACCAAGUCUUGCCAGACUUUGCUGCUUGGAGACUUUAAACAUCAAUUCUUGUGAGAAGCUGCACACCAUACAAUUGCCAAGAACAUUAAUCAAACUCAUUGUGCAACGCUGCAGAGAAUUGGAAACGAUUUUAGGAAUGGAUUAUCUUAAAAAUCUUAAAGAGCUAUGCAUUAGUGAGUGCCCCGAGCUUGAGGAGAUUCGACUAUUCAGGUGUCAGAAGCUGCAGAAAUUAACUUUGCCAACAACACUCAAGAGUCUUCAUUUGCAGGAUUGUACAGAACUCAAAACUGUGUCAGAAAUAUCUCAUCUCAAGAAUCUUGUGCAACUAAUUAUUUCUCGGUGUUGGCAGCUUGAGCUUGAGUUGCGUCUUGAGGGUAUGAACUCUCUCCAGAAGAUUACUAUUGAUGAAUGUAUGGCGCUCAAGUCUAUUCUUCUGAAGCAAUGUAAAAAUUUGAAGAGGGUGUCACUAUGUUGUUACUUCAAUGUGGCACGGUUAUCGGUAUGUGAUUGCCCAGAGCUUGAGUUCAUAAAUUUAGGUGGGGAAAGCUCGUGGGAGAGCAUUUGCAUUUACUCUUGUGAAAAGCUGGAGGAGAUAGCAGGUAUUGAAGAAUUGCAUGGAUCUGGAGCAAUUCAGCUUUUAUAUUGCAACAAUGCAUCAAUACAGGAUUGCAUCGCCAUGUUGCAGAGCGUGCCAUCAGACUAUCUUCUGAUAAUGUCAAGAGCAGGGGAUGGAGCAAAGUCAAAUUUAAACCCAUCUCUUUUUUCCGAGGGCUUCUUCUGCGCAGAUGAAGUGAGUAUGUGCCGUCAGGAUUUAUUCAAGUGGUUGGGUUCUACUAGUGCAAUCAUCAUAUGCGCUGUGGUUGAGAUUAAUAGCUCCACUCAUCUAUCCCUUGAACAAUUUCUGUCAACGUUUUACCUGCGAGAAGGAGAAUUGAUAAUUACAACGGUAAUUACCGACCAGUCUGAUAAAAUGUUCCGCAAAUUUAACAAGGAGUUUGAAGAUGUUCUUAUCGAGCAUGGACUGAUAAAGAAGUGGUGUGCGUGUGCCGUGAAGAAGGGUUUGGUAUGGAGAACACUCCAUGUUUUACAUACAAUUACUCAAAAAAUUAUUGAUAAGCUACAUGAGAAACAAGAACAAAUUAAGGAUUCUUAAUUUUCCUAUCUACAGAGAACCCUGUCAACUGUGUUUCCCAAUAUAACAGCUUUACCGAUUGCAUUUGAAUUGCACAUGCGAACAGUUUCAACUUUUUGUUUGUUUUAUUCCCAUUAACAUGGAUAUCACAACUACAUUAUAAUAGAAAAUAUCUUUGUUGCAAAUUA